CUGGAGUCGCAGGUUAAAGACAUCUACGGCUUGUUACAACACCCGUCGAGCCAUGGCAUCGAAUCCUCCCAAUCCUCGAGUCAGGCCACUGCGCUUGAUCCUAAUUCAGGAAGGGGGCAGAAUCCGUUGCGUAACGGCGCCGGUGGAUCUCAACUACCCAGCCCCUCCAACGAUUCAUCAUCCUUCCCCAGGGUCCUGUCUGUUGAGAGCAAUGCCAAUGCCGCGCCGCGCAAUGUCGUCAUCGUCACUAAGAAACCAACCCGAAGUCGCGCAACAACAGAACUGCCGCCCAACAUCCUCGACGAGCUCCUUGACUUCUACAAUCGCAUGAUCCACCAGCAGCCCCUGCCGCUCUUCAGGACCGCAGACCUGUCCGACUACCUGGGCUCCUCCCCGCGCCAUCUGCUCGACAGCUUCUUGGCCCUCACCCUCUCCUUCAAGGCCCACGUCGACGGCGAGACCAAUCAGUCCAACGCCAUUGAGCAUUAUGUCCGCUCCGCCGAGGACACGGUCAAGAAGCUCGCUUGCCAGGGCGUCCCGCGGCUGGACGUCGUGCAGUCGUUAUGUCUUCUCGCGCUAAGAGACGUGAUUGUAUGCAAGCCGACUCAGGCCCAGAUGACCGUCGGCAUGGCCUCCCGCCUUGAGGCGUGCCGGAACUCACUAGAAGACUCACUCUCAGAUUCCACAGACGCCGACCUCAGCAUCCGAUGCCGCUGGAGCGUCUACAUCCUCGAAAAGAUCCUCAGCCCGAGCCUCUGCGCCCACACGGGACAGGACCUCCCCCUCCACGCCUCCUCCUUCCCCACGAGCGCCCCCGUGCCCCCCGUCCUCCCGUCCACCCGGAAGGAGGACUACCCCUCGGACCUCUACAACCCCUACAGCGCCGACGUCGACCACGGCAUCGUCGCCUACAGCAUCAAGAUGGUCUCCGUCUGGGGGGACGUCGCGGCCUGGCUGCACCACGUCCGUCUCGGCCGCGACGAGGUCCCCUCCUCGCCGGACUCGCGCUACGCCCGCCUCGUCGCCAUGGUCCACGACCGCGACGCCCAGCUCCCCGCCCGGCACCUCAUGAUGAACGUCGCCUUCACCAAGCGCUCCCGCGCCGAGGUCCUCGAGCGGCGCGAGUACUGGGUCCCCUGGGUCCUCAUGCAGGUCCUGUGCCACGUCUACCUCGCCCUGCUGAACCACCCCUUCAUCCACCUCGUCGCCGUGCGCAGCUGCUGCUCGUCGCGGAGGGGAGGCGGCGGCGGCGGCGGCGGCUACCAGACGUCCGGCCUGUUCCUGCAGCGCACCAUCGACGCCGCGCUGUUCCACUCCGGCUGGGUGUUCUGGCUGCUCGGCAUCUGCGAGGAGCACCGGCUCGACGUGUACAACCCCUUCCUCGGCCAGCUCGUCGCCGCGGUCGCGACGAUACCCUGGCUGCUGCAGUUCGUCCAGGAUAAAAAGGUCUCGACCAAGGCCGCGCGGGACCUCGACUGGUGCAAGACGUAUCUGACAAGAGUGUCCAAGGCUUGGCUUCACCUGUCGCAAAAGGCAAAUAAAACAUGUUUUCCCUCCGUCACGUCCUCUUCACUCGUGGAACUUGAGCUUCGCGUGCCUCUCCUAGAAAUCCUGCAAAGCCUGCAACUCGUCGCCGAGCACCGCCGCCAGGAGUCCACCGAGAACGGCGGCGCCAUCGCCUUUCCCCCCUGGCUGUUCUGGGAGCUGCUGGACCCGGACGUGUACCAGGCGACCUCGGUGAGGCCGUCGUCGUCGUCCCAGGCCAGGAUACCGGUGACCACGCACCUCACCCACCCGCUGGGGAGUUCGCAGGCGGAGGAGCCGCAUGAGCCGUCCGCGGCGCCGAGCCCGAACUUUGCGGACUCGUUCCUCAUCGACCCGGGCGAUCUGGAGCAGGUCUACGUGGAAGACCUGCUCAGCCACUUCAUGGUGGAUAACUCCUUCGGAUAG